ACUGUGGCCAUUCUUGUUGUGUUGGUCUGUUUGAUUUGUGGACUUUCCAAACGACCCAGAGGUAUUCCACCAGGUCCGACAAGCUAUCCAUUCAUCGGUAAUGUAGGACUCUUUAAACCAUCCGACGCCCCCGAAAGCUCACAGAAAAUUAAGGAAGAUCUAUGGAGACAUUUACUCAUUGAUGAUAUUCUACAAACCUAUGAUAAUUGUCCAUGGAUAUCAUCAUAUAAGGGAACUUCUGGCAAAGCAUGGCGACGUGUUUUCAGAGCGACCAAAAGUUCUUCCAUCUGUGGCUAUUGCAAAAGGAAAAGGAUUGGUUUGGUCAUCAGGUCCUUUAUGGAAAGAACAGAGAACGUUUGCACUGACUACAAUGCGAAAGUUCGGAUUCGGGAAACGUUGCCUGGAAAGCCAGAUCAUAGAAGAAGUAGACUGCUUAAUGGAUGAACUAGAAAAAUAUGGACAAGAGGCAUUUGACAUUCAAAGUAUGCUGAACACCACAGUCUCAAACGUCAUUUGUUCACUUUUAUUCGGUAAAAGAUUUAAUUAUGAAGAUGAGAAAUUCAAGCGCUUGAUUUACUUACUCAAUGAACUGUUUUCUACUGCCAAUGCUUCUUCAAUCGGAUUUCUUUUCCCUUGGGUACGCCAUUUUCAAAUUAAUAACACUCACAAGAUAAUGAAGGACAUAGCUGCUAUGAUUGCGUUUGUCACUGAAAUGAUAGAAGAGCACAGGAAAAAUUUUGAUGAGAACAACAUCAACGAUUUCGUCGAUGCUUUCCUACUGGAACAAAGUCAAAAAGGAAAUGAGAUAAACUCGACAUUCACAGAUGAACAGCUUGUCGUCAGUGUAAGAGAUUUCUUUGGUGCUGGUACUGAGACUACUUCUACAACACUUAGAUGGGCGCUUCUGUACUUGAUCCAUUAUCCACAAUGGCAGAAAAUUCUCCAGAAGGACAUCGAUGACGUCAUCGGUCAAGGUCAGCCUAAGAUGGAACACAGAAACAAACUACCCAGGGUAGAGGCGUUCAUUUUGGAAAUUCAGCGCCUGGCAGACAUAGUUCCCUUGAAUGUACCACAUGCUGCAAGUGAGGAUUUCGUGUACGAUGGACAUCUCUUUCCCAAAGGAGUCUUUGUCUUUUGUGUUAUUGAUUCUGUUUUGUCGGACCCUGAAAAUUUCCCUGAGCCUUCAAAGUUUAAACCAGAGAGGUUUUUAGACGACAGCGGAAAAUGUCAAGGAGAACAGAAAAAUAAGCUGAUACCAUUUUCAAUAGGACGCAGGAUAUGUUUGGGAGAAUCGCUUGCAAAAAUGGAGCUUUUCCUCUUCUUCACCAGAUUUCUACAGAAGUUUGAAGUAAAACCAGAGGAUCCGGAGUGUUUACCUUCUCUGGAGGGAUCAUUGGGAAUAACGCACUUGCCACCAAACUUUAAAAUGAGACUUUCUAAACGAUAGAACUUUAUCAUUUUAGUUACUCCCGCCCCUGAUAGCAUUUUAGAACGGCUAUAUGAAUAUUGUUGUAAUUUUCUUACUGUAGAUAUGUAUUCUGAAGUUUAUCUCCCCCCAAAAAAUAGAUAAUGGAAAGGUUUUUUUCAAAUUAACUUGUGAAUGCAACAUUUGUAGAUCAUCAUCGGAUACCCAAGGGUGUUCUUGUCUUUAACGCAUCACGAGUAAAAGACGAGAUCACCUCACCCGUGGGUAUCCGACGAUGUUUGUAGAUUUACUUUGUACGUAAGUGUUCACUGCUUUAAAAUAGCAAGAGGUCCAUUGGCCAUAGCGCUCACAUUUAUAAUCUUACAAAGACGUGUUGAUUAAAAGUCUGUUUAAGUUUAUGAUUUCAGAUUAGUUUCAAGUUUAUAGUAAUUCGGCCACAUUUAAUUAACAUAUGGUUACUUCCAUUCAUAUGUCUAUUCGAUAUAUUCCUGUGAACUGGAAAUAAA